CGAUAAAUACAUCACCUACACACGUAACUCACUAAGCCAUUGUUGUCCAAGACAAUGGAAUUAGACAUGAGGAGGGUAUGGUGGUGUAUCUGGUCUGUACAGAAUCAUAGAGAUGACAGUUUUAAUGCCCGUGAUUUUGUUAAUGAGAUGUCCCUGUCCGCUCCCCAUGGUGUGACCGAGACACCUCCGUGUGGCUUUAUGUGAUGACAGAAAGUUUAACAUGAUGGUUUCCAUGUUUCCUGUUUCUCAUUAACGAUUAAAGAAAUAGGGAUUGUAACAACAUACAUGGAAAUGUUUAUAAUUGUAUGACUAAUCUGAACAGCAUCACUUGUAUCACUGAUAGUGCCCAGCACAGGUAACGAAAGGCAGUAGAAAAGUAUAGAGGAUACUGGAUUAAAAGUACCAAGGAAAAAUACUGAGAAAAUAAGGACACUGGAUUAUAGAUACCAAGGAAAAAUACGGAGAAAAUACGGACUACGGAGGAUACUGAAUUAUAGAUACCAAGGAAAGUACCGAGAAAAUAAGGAGGAUACUGAAUUCAAGUACAAAGGACUGAAGAUACAGGAUUUAAAUACGUAUGAAAUAGAGAGAAGAAUGUGGAAAGUCGUCAUGUUGAUUGUGUUUCUGAUAGCGGGAUGUUCCAUCACUUCUAUACAGGCCCAGUUUCCUUGGGAUUCGUGUCCAGACAAUACCGGUGUCAUGACGGCUUGUGUGGUGACAGAAAACAACUGUUUUACAGACUACAACUGUCCCUGGGGUAUGCGGUGUUGUCCUGGAGGAUGCGGACGGACGUGUCAACGGCCCACUGGGUGCCGAGUGUCGCCGUUCGGAUCCAAACGGUUUUGUAUUCACAAUGGAAUGUGUAUUCGGUCCCGAGAGGAGUACUGCUGUAAUUUCCAAUGUCAGGAACCAUUUGCUACUAUUGGCUGAUCACAUCAUACAGGGAAGGUUAUCUUGGAUGACUGCAGAAUAAAUCAUGUCAAAUACUCA